AUCCUGGAUACAGGAGCUACAGAUCAUAUGGUUUGUGAUGCUAGUUUCUUUACAUCUUUGAAACCUGAUGAUGAUGUCAAGAUAAAUUUACCCAAUGGAAAUACCACUAAUGCAUGUGCAAUAGGACAAAUAAAUCUAUCAUCUCAUCUUGUCUUGCAUAAUGCUCUAUAUGUUUCAAACUUCUCCUUUAACUUGAUAUUUGUGUCUAAACUAGUAUCCACAACCAAUUGUAUGAUUCAAUUCCUGUCAUCACACUGCAUUUUACAGGAUUUGACAACACUCAAAAUGAUUGGUUCUGUUGACCUCACAGAUGGACUUUAUCAUCUUACCUUUCUUGAUUCUAACCAUACAUCUUGUAUAUCU